AUGAAAAACUACGAAUACCCUCGAGUCCGUCCUCCGACUUCUCUGCAGCUACCUCAGCAACCAGCCGAGAAUCGGUUUUCGUGGAUGACCACGUCUGGAGACCAGGAAGAUCGUGUGGGAGCAAGAAGAGAGACAAUCAUUCCAAUACCAACGCCUCCGCCAGGGAUUGCACAACAACCAUCUCCGCAGGGAGGUGUUCCGAUGCCAACCAUGGAAUCACAGGUGUACGGCGGUGGUGGCGUGGUUCCGUAUCAGAUUCCACGAAACCCGGCGGUUGUACAACAGCAGUACAUGCAAGCCGCGCAACACCAUGGCGCUUACACCUCACAACCAUAUCCCGUCCAGGUAACUGGACAACAGCCUCAAAUGCAGACCACGCAGUAUGCCAUGCCACCAAUGCCUCCUUCACCACAACCUCCAGAGCCUGCAAAGCAACCGCCCAUUCCCGAAAACGAACUUACAGGGCCUAUUGAGCCAGAUACGAACCCUUUGACACCAACUACUCCCAAACCACCCAUGCGUGCCAGCACCAACAUGGCCAUCGUUCCACCUCCCUCCGAUCCCUCUCAAUUUUCCGCCAACGUGUUUACUCCGAGUCCGCAAUCCAUCAAAGGUGGUUCAUGGCAGCACAGUUUCUGCUCCUGCGCCGAACCUUCCACUUGCAUAACGGGACUGUUCUGCCCGUGCGUUGUGUAUGGAAAGACCCAAUAUCGGUUAGGGUUGAGAGACGAAAGAAAAGACCCGACAAAUAUGCUGGGGUACACGGCAGUCAACGGGUCUUGCAUUGCAUUUGGCCUGCUAUGUGGGGUAAAUGGGAUCUUGACCGCCAUCCAGCAUACGCGGGUGCGCAAGACGUACAACAUGAGCGAAGAGGCCGGAAACGUUGCUGGGGAUUGUCUCAAGGGCAUUUGCUGCUGUUGCUGUGUUGUCGCUCAGGAUGAGAAGGAGGUCAGGUUUCGAGAAGAGCAGGCCCGGAAACCGGCUGGGUCUGGCACAAAGAAAGAAGGAUAUGUGGCACCCACGACUAUGACCUUCAAUCCUCCGCCUCAAUCGAGGUGA